UUCACUAUUGCCUAUUACUUAGAUGAAUGAUGAAUCAAACACUAUUAUUUUUUUAUCUAAGAUCAUAAUUUAUGUUUAGAGACUCUUCAAAAAUCUCGAAAAACUUGUGUGCCUAUGUUUUACUAUAGUGUUAUCUUUCUGAAGGAAGCUUUGAGUUUCCGUUGUUAAGAAAUGGAAAGUGGUUGAUUGAGUGUUUACAUGAAUUCGGCGCGGUGCUUUCGUUCAAGAUGCUUCCGACGGUGGAAGAAAGUCGGGGCUACGAUUUUCAGGACCCAGAGAAUGUGGAUAAAUGGAAAGGUCUCUUCCUCAAUUCAUUCAAAAAGAUCUUAGAGAACCUGCAUCCAACAUUAACAGCUGAAGAGAGUGGUCUAGAAUUUGUGGAGUCAUUAUGUCUUCGCCUGCUGUCUAUGCUAUGUGCUAUACCAGCUCCUGUCACAAUUCAGGAUGUAGAAGAAAGAGUGUCUCGAACCUUUCCAACACCUCUAGACAGAUGGGCAUUGCAAGAGGCGAGAGAUGUACAAAAGAAAAGAAAGUUGCUACUGCCUGCUGAUAAGUUGCAUCAGCUCCUGCAGAAGGAGGUCCUGCCACACAAAAUUGACCCUUCAGUAACGGGUUUCAUGGUUGGAAUACUGGAGUAUAUAAGCACAGAUGUGUUGAGACUCUCUGGAACAUUUGUUAAGAAGAUCUCACAGAAGUCAGGAUAUCUUGUUAUCACCAGCAGCGAUAUAAAGACAGCUAUGUGUGCUGAUAAGCUUCUUAUGGAUAUGUUCUACCAAGAAUCUGAACUGGCUGGAGUAGCAGCAGGUGUAUCAGCUCUUGACAGGGGUCGCAGAGCCUCCCUCACAUAUGGAGAGUUGGUGAGAGAUCUUUUGGCUGAUGAGAGAAACUUCCUUCGCGAUCUCAACCUUAUCAUCAGGGUUUUUAAGGACGAGAUAGAGAAGAUCAUCUCUGACACAUGGAAGAUAUCGCUCAUAUUUGGUAACAUAGUGGACAUUUACGAGCUUACUGUCACUUUGCUUGGGAACUUGGAAGAUGCAAUGGAAAUGUCUCAGGAUUCGCCGCAACCAUAUAUUGGAAGUUGUUUUGAAGAAUUAGCCGAAGUGGAAGAGUUCCGUGCGUACGUCAGAUAUGCAAAUAUUGUCACGAGAAAAGAGUCGAGGGAUGCCUUGCAAGAAAUCGUUGACAACCCAGAGUACUCCGAGCGUCUUGAUACAGCGGGUCAUGGUUUUCGACUUGCGGUGAAAUACUAUCUGCCGAAGUUGUUAUUAACCCCCGUUUCUCACGUGUUCCUAUAUCAUAGCUACGUGUUGGCUUUGCUACAGAUAGCACCCACUACUGACGACAGGGAGAGUUUUAAACAGGUCGAAUGCAAUUUACAUCCCAUAAAAAAGUUAUUGACGAAGGCAUUAGGAAAUGGCCCUAAAAUUGAUACAGCAAUCCGAGGCGCGGCUAGAGCGAGACGGCAGCUCGCGAUAGAGAAGUGCAACGAGCUCGGGAAAUUAAUAGAUAAUUGGGAUACGAAAGAUGUGCCACAGUGCUGCAAUGAGUUUAUUAGAGAGGAUACGCUAUCAAAACUAGGCCCUGGAAAACGAGUUGCAGAAAGACGGGCGUUCCUAUUUGACGGUCUACUUCUUCUCUGUAAGCCGUCUACUAGCAUAGUCAGCGUAACUGUUAAUAGUAAUGCAGCAUCCGGUGGCCCCCAACAACUGAAGUUAAAGGAAAAACUCCAUAUUAGAAAACUAGAAAUUGUGGAUAAAAUUGACUGUGAAGAGGGCCGUAACCUAAUGGAGCUAACACCCCGGAUCGGAGGACCAAUAGUUCUUUCGGCUGCUUCAGCCGCCGAAAAAAGAAACUGGAUGUGCGACCUCGUCAUGCUGAACACCAAGCCCAUGCUUGAUAGGAGUUUGGACAGCAUAUUACUAGAACUGGAAAGGCGGCAUCCCCUCAAACUGCCACCGGUGUCGUUAUAUCGCUUUGCGGAGCCCGACUCGCCCGAUAAUAUAGUGUUGGAAGAACGUGCGGGACCCACCCCUCUUAUAAAGGGCGCCACCCUCCUAAAACUCGUAGAACGACUAACAUACCACAUCUACGCGGAUUUGAACCUCGUGCGAACAUUCCUAACGACCUACCGCUCAUUCUGCUCACCGGCCGAGCUGCUCGACCUGCUCAUUGAGCGGUUUCAUAUUCCGGAGCCGAGCGAGGUCUACGAUACACCCAGAACCUCUGAAUGCGUAGAAGAAAUGUCAGCGAGUAGCGAUGCUGAGAAGCUAAGUAAGAAUACGGCGCGGGAAGAUUGGAAGAGAUAUCGGAAAGAGUUCCAGCAACCUGUCAAAUUUCGAGUAAUCAACGUACUAAGACACUGGGUGGACCAACAUUUCUACGACUUUGAACGUGACCCAGCAUUGCUUGAAAAAUUAAAGGAAUUUUUGGAGUCGGUUGAUGGCAAACCUAUGAAGAAAUGGGUGCAAAGUGUACUCAAAAUUGUACAGAGAAAGAGCUUCACCGGUGGCGAUACAGACAGCCUAGCAGGGGGAGUGGCACAUGUGUUUGAUCGUCUACCACCUGCCACAUGCAAACACGUGGCCGACCCAGACAGAUACAACUGGCAUCCUCUUUCCUUGCACCCGUUGGAAAUGGCCAGACAACUCACGCUGCUCGAGUUUCAGUUGUAUAAACAGGUUAAGCCAUCAGAGUUAGUUGGUGCUGUGUGGACGAAGAAAGAUAAAGAAAAAACAAGCCCCAAUCUUUUGAAGAUUAUUAAACACACAACAAACUUCACUCGAUGGAUGGAAAAAUGGGUUGUAGAAAGCGAAAAUGGGGAUGAACGAGCUGGGGUGAUAGCUAGGUUUCUAGAACUGGCCGUUUGUCUUCGCGACCUGAAUAACUUCAAUGGGGUUUUGGCUGUGGUCGCUGCCUGUGGAAGUGCCAGCGUUCACAGAUUGAGGAAUACCUUUCAGCUGGUCCCUCUCCGUCUCCUUCGGGCUCUAGAACAAUUUCGCGCUUUGAACUCGGACCACUUCAAACGCUACCAAGAAAGGCUUCGCAGUAUUAAUCCUCCAUGUGUGCCCUUCUGCGGGAUCUACCUCACGAACAUUCUGCACAUUGAAGAGGGGAAUCUUGAUUACCUACCAAACUCUCAAUUAAUAAACUUUUCGAAGAGGAGAAAAGUAGCGGAAAUCACCGGAGAAAUUCAACAGUACCAGAACCAGCCAUACUGUCUCACCAUCGAACCUAGGACAAGGACGUUUCUCGAAUCGUUGGACCCGUUUCCUGGUAUGGACGACAACGAAGUGACCAACUACCUCUACAAUAAAAGUUUGGAAAUUGAACCCAGACCGCCCACGAAACCCACACCCAAAUUUCCUAGAAAAUACCCAGAGCUUUCGGUGAAGCCGGUGAAGAUUCGUCGUUCAACGGAACAUCACCAGUCUUCUUCCAAUAUAUCCGGGAAUGAGGAUACACUGAGUGUUGCCCAACUUUCACCAACAAGUAUUUGUACAUGGGAUGGUGCAUCUCUCGCUUCUUUACCCAUAAAUCAGGAUGAUAGAGGUGAAAGAUCUCUGACUAGUCCCCGAUUAGAGCGGUCAAGUUCCAGCUCAUUGGCCCAACUUGGCCAACUGAGUUUGUUUGACAAACUUGCAUUUUUUGACAAGAGCAAGUCAGUCGCUACACUUAAUAACACCAGGAACAGUAUGUCAGCGCGAGAUGAACCACCCUCGCCCAGAGAUAAUCAUUCGCCGCGGCAUGACCGAUGUAACAGCACAAGUUGUGUGUCCAACAUGACAUCGAGUAUGGGGACUAUUCGGUCUAGGGGAGCAGCGUUGUCCCCUCGCGGAGCCAUUGUAGACGCGGAACUAUUUUACUCCCGAAGUAUGGACCACUUGGCUUGCAAGCGGAACGAACAGGAACGAGUCCCACCCUUACUACCUCGUCACAGCGCCUUAAGUUCCACCACUUCGCUGGCAGACCACGAACCGCCGCCCCCACCACCUCACCACCACCUGCAUUCUAUAGCAGGUACAUCUGAUACGCCGGAUAUUGAUAAACCACUUCCCAGUCCGAAACAUCCUGAGUUAUUUAGAAGUCCGGCAAUGUCUCCCAAACGUUCUCCUGCACCUCCACCUCCAGGCCUGCUUAACGCGAGCCCGCUCCAUCUAGAUAGGCCUCCUACGUUCAGUUUCCCAUCGGCCACAUCACCAUCAUCACUACAGCAGUCAUGUGAAUCCAGUUCGUGUGGGACUCCACCACCUCUCCCUCCACGGAGAAGACGAGACUCAGCCGCCACGCCCACUUUGCAUCACGGAUCCUGGCAGGACAGUUCCCCUUCAGCGGCAGGCAAUAGCCCGCCCCCCUUGCCCCCUCGACCUCCACCCGCCCCAGAACUGCUUAGGCCUCAGAGCUCCGCCCUACUGCAAAGGAGACAUCACAGCGCUGGGCUUGCCCCCAGACUGCCACCGAAACCUCCACCGGCGGCCGUGGCGCCUCGCACCUAGCCCUUAUGCACAAAUAUCAAGACUGGACGUACAAGGAUCGGAGAUAUGGCAAUACAGUAUAGAAAAAUAAUAAAAGGUGUGUAGGCAAUGCUGAUUUUUAUGUGAUAGCGGUUUUAGUAGUGUUCAAAAAUUCUAGGUACUUUUAGUUGUUACUAUAUAUAUAGUAUAAGGCGAAAAGCAUCUCUGUAUGUGUUGUACGUAAAACAAGAGUUUCUUCUGCUCGUAUUCUAAAAUGUUAAUCAAUCAAAUCUUUAUUGAAGAGCUGUCAAACUGCUUUUUCUAUUUGAAGUUUGACGUUUGACAGCGCUCCAGAUUGCGACUUGGCUUGACUAGAAUAUGGACCUUACUUGCUUUGAUAGUUGUGCGACUCGUAAAUAGAGUCAAUUGUCAUACGCCAGUCAUUUUUAAAGUAGAGUCAAGUUUUAAGCAAUAUAGUUUGUGUGUGUAAUUGCAGUAGUCUCUCUGUAAAGGCAAAAAUUUGUACAGAUUAAAAAAAAUACGAAAGGUCCCUUAAUAUAAAUUUUACUUUAAUUAAUUUUUAACCGACAAAAAAAUGCCUGAAGGAGGUUUACAAUUCGACGUGUAUUUGUUUAUUAAUUAUUCUUAAGUAAAUAAUAAAAAUUCUUCAUCAAGUUUGACAAGAAUAGAUUCAAUAUGACAUUUAUGGAUGGAUAAUGGAAUUAGCCUAAAUAAGUUGACUUGCCAGAAUUUGACAUAAUAAUGACAUCACAAUCAUUUUGUAAAUAAUUAUUUAUAUCCGGUAAAUGACUCGUUCCUAUGAAUAUCGACGCCAAGCAUUGACCCCGACGAAACUUGACAAACGUAACGUUUUAAAUAUAGGUAAUAGUAGAUUUAGAAUGUACAAAUCCGCAUCGUCUUAAGCAGAAAAUGGUGUCCGCUACAUACAUAAAAAUGCAGACUCAAUAAUAAAAAUCUAAACAGACUAAAAAUGUUCUAGAGUAUAUUACCUUUAGUGCAUUGUUUUGUAAGAAACAGUGACUUUUAUGUACGUAGAGGGCACACUAUACAAGUAUUAGUUUAACAAUAUGUACAAAAUAUGAAAGCGCUUCCAUUUGUUUAUUUAAGUUUUUUAUCAAUAGGACAUAACACAAAUUCGCUCGUGGUUGAAAAGCGGUGAUUACAAUUAAAUCGAUAUACAACCAGUAUAAAGUUUUGACUAACUAACAAUUACUCCAGUUUUUGUAAUUAGUACAUUUGAGAAAUUAAAUUAAUAAAUAAUUCUUUAAAACAUGAUUUUUUAUAUUUAGACAGCUAAGAUGCAUUUUAAAUUGUUCAUGAGCGAAUGAAUUCCUCAAAUAGUCUUGAAUACCGUAAGCAAUUGACUGCAGGGUAAAAAUUGUUCUUUUAAAUGCCUACACUCUCCAUACGAAAUAUUCCUGAUGAAUCUUUAAUCUAUGGAUUUAGGAGACCGUUCCGUUUCCUCAACAUCUGCGUUUAAAUUUGUAUGUCGAUACUGUACGCUUCGUAUUUGCACGUACGGAAUCGCGGCUUAAUAUUUUUUGUAGAAAAUGAGAUUGGAAAGAAACUCAACAAAUCUUGUAACUUAAAAUGUGUUACAUUUCUGGGGAACCUUAUUUUUAUAACGCAAACAUUUCGAUCAGCCCCAAUCAAAUUCCAUUCGAGGUUUUUACACCAUGACUGGUCAGCACCGGUACUGUCACUCCUAAUAUUGAUAUACCAAUAAUUUUGAAAAUUUCCUUCGAAAGUAUCUCUGACCGGCUAAAUAAAGACAUCAGUUAUAUUCCUGAUAAUGCCACUUGAGUUGUUCCUACACAGCCUUCUACAAUUCACGAAAUAAAUGUAUUAAUAAUAUAGAAUAAUGCGUUAACCCAUCGGUAAAUAUUGCAAUGUAGCCGUCCCUUUCUCUUUUGUUACGUAAGAGAGAGAAAACAAUAUUCUCGAUUGCAUCUCAAAAAAUAGCAUCAAUAUAUGCAUGAUAUUUUGUGGUGAACUACGUUUGUUCUAUAAUCAAGACAAUGUUUGGGCUACUCUUAUAAAAUUUCUAAGCGGUAGGCCUUCAAGGGAUUAAAAUUGAAUUUAGAUGCAUAAUACAUAAUUUAUUAUUAAAUGUAAGAAUAUUAGUGGAAAGUGCUUAUUGUUAGAUUGCCAUUGCUCCAACUUGACUGGCCAGCCUUUUAUAUUUCUUUAUUAAUUACAAAUUACAAAUACAACAGAUGAAACGAAGAAAAUUAAUUAGAUUUUCUUUGAAUGGUAAAUUGUGGCGUCGGCAAUAGUCUUUUGUCUGCAGACAUUUUUUAUAUGGAAAAAUGUAUGUUUAAUAAUGAAAUUAAGGCUGGCCAUACUAUAUUGUGAUAACCGGUGUUUCGUGUUCGUAAAUGUGUUUUAUUUAUUUGUUAUUGGGUAUAGUUUAAACUAAAUUUUGAUUAAAAAAAUUAUAUUGAUUUUUAGUCUCAUUGGUUGAACAAUAAAGACAAUUUUUGCAUUUAUAAUGUAAGUUUCGUAACAAUUUUUGUUAUAAUUCACAAUUGAUCCUUAUAACAAAUAAAUAAUUCACAAAUACACUUAAACCCUUAACACUUAACAUCCCCUCAACCCGAUUUGGGACAGUGUUUAAGGUAUCAAUUGUCGAUGUAAGUUCUCCAAUGUAUAAUAUUAUGUUAGUUCGUGCUGUACAAAUAUGUACAUAAAGCUUUUUUUAGAGAAAUGCCAUCGUAGUUUUAAAUUUAGCCCACGAGAUGGCAGUAGGAACUUUUUGUAAGCUUAAUUCGACCGUAGUCCGAUAGAAGAAGAAACCAAUAGGGAACAUUUACUUCCUCUAAUUAAGCAUAUACUUAAGCAUAACAAAUAUUUGAUGUUCUUCGUAUGUUGUAUGGAUCUUUAUGAAUAGCUAGCUCUCAAUUAAUUUGUUUCAUGUCAGUUGAAUGCGAUAAAAUAUUUUCUGAUGAGAGCUACUGUAUUUUGUACAAAAUUAAUUUGCUCUAUUGGGUUUCUUGUCUAUUAAUAAAUUAAGCGGUCGACUCUCGCUUGGCUAUAUGACAGAACAGACCAUAGACUAUAACACAGGUUUUAUUUUUAUAUUGAGCAUGGACAAAUGUUAAUUUUUUUUUAGUUGCGUAAGUAGUUUUUAUAUUGGAGUUUUAUAAGUGGCCCAGUUGCAGUCUAUGGUCGAUUUUGAUGUGACCAUUUGUAAAAAUGAGUAUAGUUGUAAAUAUAAAUUACGCGAAUGGAGUAGAAAAUAUUCAUAUUAUAUACACAGUUAUAAAUUUUGUUGUUUUAUUUUUA